AUGCGAAUCCAUGAUGAAAUGAAGGCUGUCUAUGGUGAUGAUUGCCCGUCAUAUGACACUGUUUUGAGAUGGAAAAGGAAUUUCAAAACUGGGCACAUGUCCCUCACAGACGAGUCAAGAACUGGACGACCAUCACUCACGGACAGUGCGGCCACAGUGAAGAAAGUGGAGGAUCUUAUCCUGGAAGACCGACGAAUAACCAUCCAUGUGAUCAUGCAUGAGACUGGUCUUAGGUACGGCAGUGUGUGGAAAAUUAUUCACGACGAACUGCACAUGUCUAAGAUGUCAGCAUGUUCGGUUCCGCGCAUACUGACUCCUCUCCAAAGGCAAACACGGCGUGACCUGUCGAAGCAGAUGUUCUCUUUUGGAGCACGAUGA